AUGUUCACACUCGCAAAAUUAGUUGCCCCUGCUGCAAGGAGUGCUUUGGUUUCGGGAUCAAGGGCUUAUGUCAGGCCAUUGAGUACAGUAGUUGCACAGCAGAGCCAGACAUUUAACACACAUAAUAUUACUUCAACGCCAGCCAUCAGCAUAUUGCCUGCUGUCCGCCAAUUCCAAACAUCAGUAGUCUCCCGGGACAUUGAUUCAGCAGCUAAGUUUAUUGGUGCUGGAGCUGCCACCGUUGGUGUUGCAGGCUCAGGUGCUGGUAUUGGAACAGUGUUCGGUUCCUUGAUUAUUGGCUAUGCCAGGAAUCCAUCACUUAAGCAGCAGUUAUUCUCUUAUGCCAUUCUUGGGUUUGCCUUAUCUGAGGCUAUGGGUUUGUUCUGUCUUAUGAUGGCAUUUUUACUGCUCUUCGCCUUCUAA